CCUGAGGACUGCGCACCGGAGCCAGUCAGUGAUCUGCUGACAGUCGCUCGACACCGCGGGGACCUGGCGACGGCGUUCGCUGACGUCUGAAAACACCGCACCACGGGGGCUGCGAUGUACGCGCUGUAGCUUUUGCUCACAUUUUGGAAUCAUUUCAGAACGCUUUUGUUAUUUACAUCGUAAAAUAUAAGUUUUUUGCGCACAAACUUGGUCGCGAGCGAUCCCCAUAUUUCAAUUAACGCUCGAUCGUAUUACAAAAACGCUUUUACGCACAACUUUUACGCAUCUGAUACUCCAACCAUCGAUUGACACCAAUGGUCUGUGCUCGUGAGGACCGGGCGGACCGAGCGGCAGGUUGAACUCACACAGGUGUCGUUUAGUGCUGAGAGCAGAUCAGCCAUGGAGGACUGGACUUCCAGCACGCACCAGUGACCCAGACCCGGGAGAGGGGGACCUGCGUGUAGACCAAACCCGGGAGAGGGAGAGCUGGCUGUAGACCCAACCCGGGAAAGGGAGCGCUGCCGUGAUCCAACCCGGGAGAGGGGGCGCUGCCUGUAGACCCGACCCGGGAGAGGGGACUAACCCGGGAGAGGAGGCCAGCCUGUAGGAUACUGAACCACACGCCAGUGACUCAGACCCACCCGCGAGAGGGAACCCUGCCUUUAGAACCUACCCGGUAGAGGGGACGUCCUGCCUAUAGACGCAACCCCGGACAGGGGAUCCUGACUGUAGGAUACUGAACCACGUGCCAAAAUGAGUCUUUGCUGUCCGACCUGGAAGAUCAUAAACAUUUUAUUUGCAACAUGUAUUGCCGUUAUCGCGCAAGACUCGGAGAGAGGGGACGUGAGUGACAGCGGUGCCUCAGCGGUGCCUCUCCCCGUCUACCUGCCCGUCAACUAUGAGCUGUUGGACGCAGAGUACUUCCUCCUCAAGGAGGCGGGCCAGGACUUCAUGAGGAACUCCAGCAUGGGGACUCACACACAGCCCUUCGUGGUGCUGCGGGCCAUCGGCCAGCCAGUGGUCAACGCCAGCUACGGCCCGCUGUCGGCCCAGCAGCCCGUCCCCCGCGACCUCCUGCAGGGCGUGCCGCUCUUCAACGCCCCGGGGGCCCUCACCUACAACUGGAAGAUCCAGUCCUUCGUGCUGACCCCCAGGGUGUUCUCCUCCAAGCCCAAGGUGCGGGUGCUGUUCUACGUGGCGGGGCGGGAGUGGGGCGGCCGGCCGGCGGAGGCGAUGGAGGAGCUGCCCUGCGUGACGGUGUACGCCUUCUGGCAGACCCAGGAGGUGAGGGGCUCCUGCACCCUGGGGGGCGAAAAGGGGACCUGCAUGGCGGAGCUGGUGCCUCUGCCCAGCUGGUUCGCCGCCGCGGGAGGGGAGAGCAGCAGCAGCAGCAGCAGCAGCAGCGAGAGGCAGGACCCGUCCUCGGGGAACCCCGUGGAGCUGUACUACCAGGCCUGGCCCAGCGCCGGCGGGAGCUGCAGCUCCCCGGAGGUGGAGCGCCGGGGAGGCCCGGGGGGGCAGCAGCGGCAGGCCAGGGUGCUACCGGUCACGCCCAUGCAGAGGAUCGGCAGCUUGAGGCUGCUGCAGGUGCCCAAGGGAAUGGCCACGCUGUCGCGCCUCAGGCUGGGGAACGCCGUUGUCAUUCGCACCGCGUCCAAACCGCUGAAGAAAACGGACAUCGCCACCUUCUACAUUCUCAUUGUCUCCUCGGCCCAGCUUCUCAACUUCACUCUCCGAGCCACUGUAAAGAAAGGGGUAACCUUUCGCACAGCGACUCCCACCAACACCCUGCUGUGGGACAUGACGCUGGAUACAGGGACGGAUGGGACCAUCAACGUGGUGUGUCAGAGGACAGCUCCCAUACCCGGGAAAAGCAGGCUGGACAGCAGUCUCCUGGAGGUGCUCCAGAUGGACUUUGAGGUGGAGGAGCUCAGCAGUCCACUGGACAGCCAGGUGAUCAUCUGGAAGCUGGAGCUCCCCCAGAGGUCCCAGGACCAGGGUGCCAAGACGGAGGGAGCCAUGAGGAUCUACACCACCCAGAGGGACUUUGUGGGGCUGGCUCCUCUUGUCAUGGACACGGAGAUCCUGAACACGGCCAUGCUGACGGGCAAGAAGGUGGUGAUGCCCGUGAGGACGGUGGCGGUGGAGGAGGACGGAGUCAUCACCGACGUGUCCGACUUCACCGACUGCAGCUCCACCGAUGAAGACGUCCUCAAGGUGUCGGACAGAUGCGACUACGUGUUUGUGAACGGUAAAGAGAUGCGCGGGAAAGUGGGGAUGCUGGUGAACUUCAGCUACAGCUUCCUGAGCGCUCAGCUGGAGCUCAACGUGUGGAUCCCACGGCUGCCGCUGCAGAUGGAGGUGUCCGACACGGAGCUGAGCCAGAUCAAGAGCUGGAGGGUUCCCAUCGUCACGUCCAAGCGGCCCGGCUGGAGCAGCGAGGAGGAGGACAGGAAGGGUAAAGGCUGCAUGCUGCAGUUCCAGCACGCCCUGGUGCGGGUGCUCACCCACUUCACGGCCGAGCAGGAGGACCCCCGCGACCCUAAGGCCUACUUCUUGGGCUCCGACUGGCAGGUGGACGUCACACGGCUGGUGCGCUACUUCCUGAAGGUGGAGGACCCCAGCGUGGCGCGUCUGCAGGCCGGCAGGGUGCUGUCGGGACGAGACCUCGGGACCACCUCCGUCCAGGUCAUUUCUCCGCUCACAGACGCAAUACUGGCAAAGCAGACUAUCACGGUGGUGGACGACAAAGUGAGCCUCACGGAGCUGGGGGUCCAGAUGGUGGCGGGUCUGUCCAUGGCCCUGCAGCUCAGUCAGGGGAGCAACAGAGCCAUCCUGGCCACCACCACCAGCCAGGAGCUUCUGCAGAGCCCAAAGCAGGAAGCGUUGGUCAGUACCUGGCUGCAGUUCAGCGACGGCUCCCAGACUCCCCUGGACAUCUACGACGCCGCCUCCUACCUGCUGACCGUCAGCUCCCUGAACGCGGGGGUGGCGUCGGUGCAGGGCUCUCCUCCGGUCGUGGUGGCGGAGGGGGAGGGUCAGGGGCUGCUGGUCAAGGUCGAGAUGUCAAUCUGCGAGGCCUGCCAGAAGUCCAAGAGGAAGAGCAUCAUCGCCUUGGGCAAGGGCAGCCUCAGGGUCAAGUUCCAGGCUGGAGGCCUUCAGCCGGAGAGCACCAGCGCCGGCGGCAACGGCAGCAGCAGCCGCGGUGGGGACGGAGGUGGGGACGGAGGUGAGGACGGAGGCAGUGACUACGGCAGCGACGGGGAGGAGCUCAACAGUGACUGGAAGAGGCAGCCGCCGUCCCAGGACUCCCCAACCGCCGGCAACACAGUAUCGGGCCGCAAGGAACGAGCCAAGCAGAAAGUGACCACCGUCAGACCCGCCGAGCGCACCAUCAUCACCAGCGGUAGUUUGGGCGGCGUGGGGAAGACCAGCGGACCAAAGAGCCCCGGGGGUCCCGGUGGUCCCGUCAGCCCAGUUAGCGUGGUGAGCAGCCCCGGUCGCAAGGCCGACGUCCAGGCCGAGGACACGGGGGCCGUGGGCCUGGGCAGCACGGUGAAAGCCCCGGGGAACCUGGUCAACUACAACAGUUUCACUCUCCAAGCGGGGGCCCCCGGGCAGGGGCCCGGGGUGGAGAUAGGCGGGGAGGAGGUCCUGGUCAACAGGCCGCUCACAGACCUGGAGAUCGGCAUGUAUGCCCUGCUGGGGGUCUUCUGCUUGGCCAUCCUGGUGUUUCUGGGGAACUGCGUCUCAUACGUGGUGAAGUUCAGGCACAAGAAGCCACCCUCCCACGGCCCGGAGCCCACGGGCCACCGGCACGACUGGGUGUGGCUGGGAACCGACGCGGAGCUGGUGAUGAGCGUGCCGGGCAGCCCCUUGCAGCAGGACAACCACACCGCCACCACGGUGAUGGACAUCGGGCCCGACAAGACGGCCUCCCUGUCCAGACGGCCCAGCUGCCUGGCCUCGCUCACAGACUCCCCUCCGCCUGGGUGCGGGGGGCCAAUGCGGAGCAAGCACCUUGGGGGCGAUUCCCUGCACUCGCCCACCAGCAAGAGGAAGAGGGUCCAGUUCACCACCUUCUCCACGCUAGAGCGCCAACACUCGCCGCAGCAGAACGGCCACCAGGGCAUCCACUGGGUGGGGAAGGAGAGCAGCCACGACAAGCAGCAUCCCCAAGUGCCGGUCACAGAGCCUGAGGACCAGCUGUGAUGACCAAUAAGACCCUCAGACCUCUCGUAUGCACCUGGAGGAAAUGCGGCUUUGAUCACCUCAAUGCCUUUGCUUUGUUGUUGAAAAUGGUGAUGUCGCAAGGCACAUGGGCCUAAUUGCAUUACCUACCAAGGCCUUUACCCACUGUAAAUGCACUGUUUAUCAUUGUGAAUACUGUCAACCGGGCCCGUGUUUGUACUCUCCGGACUGCUAGGCUUGUGGAACUUUUUCUGUGCACAUUGCUUUAAGGCACCACAUGACCACACUGCAUGUUGAACAAUUGUGCUGUACAGUUUUGCACUGAUGUGCUGGUAUGACACCACAGCACCUAAUAAGCAAUGGUUUGGAUUUAAAAGUUAUUAAAAUAUGUGAUGUACCACUUAUCCGGAACUUUUCUGAUCUCCCAUGUGAAUGGAGGUCUAUGAGU